AUGGGAGAUGAGUUCUUCAUAGAGGGUGUGGAGUACAGAAAUAAAGCAAACAUCACUAAUAUGCUUGACAAUGGUCUUCAGUCUCACCAUUCUUUUAUCCCUGGUGGCUUACCAAGUCCAGCAUCUUUCGUAGAAGUUCUGCUUUCUACAAUAGAAUUGCUAAUGAUGCAAGUUGAUGGAUACAUAUCACAAUUCACAGGGCAUCUAGAGGAUCAAGCAAGUUUGACCUUUACACUUAUGUGUGGGAACCUUCAAAAUAGUACGCUUAAAUCUGGAGUCUUAUUGCAGAACUUGGGUUCCUUAUUACUAGAGUUGGGUUGUAUGACAAUGGCGUUGGGUGAAAGACUAGCUGAUGUUGUGAUCAAUGUGGGACCAGCAGUUUUCAUCUCUGCAACUGGACCUAAUCCUGUGGUGAUUCAGCCUGUUCCUUUCUAUCCAGGAUCAAAUUUUACUGCAUAUAUGGCUAAAUCUGCAAAACAAGAUGUUACUUUGGUAGUGCCUUGGCUUUGGAAAAUAGAUCAGGAGCUAAUUUAUCACAGCAGUUUGAGCUUUAGUUCACCUGCAGCUGUGUCAAUACCUUUACCUGAUAUGGUUUUGCCAUCUUCCUUUGACAAAAUGAUAAACCUCGAUAAGGUUGAGAAGCUUCUGACUAUUGGUGCUGAUGCAAACGAUCAGAAGAUUGAAGCUGAUGAAGCAAUUAAUUUGGUUGAAUAA